CUAACGUUAGCUUGCUGCUGUUGCUUUGCUCUUCCUAGUUUUUAGCUAUUAUCAUCAACUUUAACUGUUUCCACCCGGACUACUCUUUUUCUAGGUGGUCGAGCAUCUCUAGGUGGCUUUAGUAGAUAGUGGAGUUAAGCGAAUGCAUCUCCUACAGUGGAGUUAAAAAUAGCUAACGUUACCGGGGGUCAGUGUGUGUUUGUGCCUGGGGGCUUCAGGCUUUGACGGUUCGCGCUAAAAUUCAAUAACGUUAGUAACUCUGUUUGUGUGUACUCCAACCAAGGUCGGCUGACACCAGCCUUCUGUAGCUGUCAAUUGUGUAUCAAACAGAAGCCCCAGUUUGUGCCUCCCAUGUAUCAGCACACAUCGAGGACACAGAGGUGCUUUUGCCACAGAAGCAGGAAGGAAAAAAACACAUAAAAAUGCCAUCGCCACAAGUCCUCCAGCCAGUUCUUAAAAUGAAGGUGGACGAGCUCUUUCUAAACUGGUUAAGUGACCCUGCAACCCAGUCACUACUGAAAGAUUAUCUUGACCUAAUCAAAAGUGGACAACACAUUGAUUUGAGCAGUGGGGACGCCAAGGAGAAAAGGUCUUUGACCUUCAAUGAGAAUAACAACGUGGCAUCCCAAAGGAACAUGGCAGAGAAGAAACCUGCUCCCUUCAGUACUCCCUCCAGCCCCCCUUCCACCAGUACCCUUCCCUCUGGUAGUAACAGUGGUACCAGAGUGACAGGACCCAAUGGCAGAAUACUACGGAGAUCUGUCAGCACUAAAAAGGCGCAGGUGAGGACCGAGGAGCCCGUCACCACAGCGCUAAGUGAAAGCAUUCCAAAGUUCUACUUCCCACAGGGCCGGCCCCAAGCCAACCUCAACAUCGACAGCCUCAUUUCCAAAAUUGAGAAAAUAUUUUCCCAAUUCCCAAAUGAAAGGGCCACCAUUGAGGACAUGGGGCAGGUUGCCAAGGCCUGUGAGUGCCCUCUUUACUGGAAAGUGCCAUUGUUCUGCUUGGCUGGAGGCGACAGGACGGGCUUCGUGUCUGUUCACAAAUUCGUGGCUAUGUGGAGAAAAACUCUGCAGACCUGUCACGAUGACGCUUCUAAAUUUGUGCACCUCUUGGCCAAGCCUGGCUGUAAUUACCUGGAACAAGACGACUUUAUUCCAUUCCUGCAGGAUGUGGUGAACUCUCAUGCAGGCCUGGCCUUUUUAAAGGAGGCACCGGACUUUCACUCAAGAUACAUCACCACGGUGAUUCAGAGGAUAUUUUACAAUGUGAACCGGUCAUGGACUGGAAAGAUAACAUGUUCUGAACUCAGGAAAAGUAAUUUUCAUCAGAACGUGGCGUUGCUGGAGCAGGAAGAAGACGUGAACCAGCUGACAGAGUUCUUCUCUUAUGAACAUUUCUAUGUGAUCUACUGCAAGUUCUGGGAGCUCGACACUGACCAUGACCUCUACAUAGACCAGAAAGACCUGGUGCGACACAAUGACCAAGCCGUCUCCCAGAAGAUGAUUGAGAGAAUAUUCUCAGGAACAGUAACAAGGGACAGGCGGGUGUAUAAAGAGGGGCGGCUGAGUUACGCUGAUUUUGUUUGGUUCCUCAUCUCUGAGGAAGACAAGAAGACUGACACAAGUUUAGAGUACUGGUUCCGCUGUAUGGACUUGGAUGGGGACGGCGUGCUCAGCAUGUACGAGCUGGAGUACUUCUACGAGGAGCAGUGUCAGAAGCUGGAGACCAUGGCUAUCGAGCCCCUUCCCUUUGAGGACUGCCUCUGCCAAAUGCUCGACCUCGUCAAGCCUGAGGUCGAAGGUAAGAUCACUCUGCGUGACCUUAAGAGGUGCAAGUUGUCCCACAUCUUCUUUGACACUUUCUUCAACAUCGAGAAGUACCUGGACCAUGAGCAGAGGGACCCGUUCUCUGUUAUAAGGGAACUGGAGCAGGAUGGACAGGAGGUGUCAGACUGGGAGAAAUAUGCUGCUGAGGAGUACGACAUCUUAGUGGCUGAAGAGGCUGCCAACGAUCACUGCAAUGAUGUGUAUGAUAAUCCUUUGAGCCCUCUAGGGCAGCACAUCUCCAGUGAGCUGGGUCUGACAAAGAGACACUUCUUUGAGAUCCCCAGUCCACACUGCAACCUGGACCUGGACGAAUAUGAAUACGAAGAUGACUAUGAAUGAUGCUCGAUAUCGAAGCGUUUCCUUUUUUCUUUUCUUUUUUUUUUCAUCACAAGCCUGCUGAGCACCGUGCGCUUUCAGAAACAGAGCUCAGAAUUGCACCAAACCGGAGAUUCGCAGGUUCAGGCCCAAGUCCUAACCGGCGGAACAGGACACACAACUUCACCAAACAGAGAGCGAACACAAAACCAGAAGACAAUGGAGGGAUCAGAUGUGCUGACACACUACCAAACAUGAAUAACAGGGAAUGUCAUUAAGACGUAUUCGGAGCAGGUCAUUCUUCUUCGCACUUUAAUAUUCUCACCUGUCACGCUUCAGAAGUCACCACAGCGGACUUCAUGCGUCACAAGCAGCACAUUCAGAUUUUUGCUCCAUCCCCACAUGUUAACACAGGAAAAGGUGUGUUUUGCAUGCAAUUAUGUUUGGAGCGAGUGUUGUUUUGUGUAAACAUCAGUGUUAAGUAAUAAUCACAUUCACUCGAGCUGAAUCACAGCAGCUCCCUGAAACCAUGUUUGUCCGGUUUGCAACUAAUUAUCAUUUGAAGUCAUUGGCUAAUUUUACAUUCCAGUGAUCAUAACUGAAGCUACUUUAUAAGAACGUAAAUCCAGUCAUAUGGUUCGUUUUAAUGAGAAGUUACUGUAAAUGCCAAGCAAACCACUGUUGAACCUGCUGUACACACAGACACACACACACACAGUUGCUGUACAGGUGCGUAUUCAUUAUGACAUGGACUUACUGUAUGUGUGAGAUGGGGUUAUAAAUUAUUAGAUAUGAAUUUAUAAAUAACUGUAAAUAUUUGUGCUUGCUGUGUUGUAAAUGAUUUGGGCAAGUGUUUUAGACAGAUUCUUUUUUCUAUGUUAUAAAGUGCUUAAUUUGAAUGUACUUUGACAGAACAAAAGGAACCAAUUUUAAAAUGUUUUGCUUCUCUUGAAAUGAAUAAUAAAGCCUUAGUUA